CCCUUUUGGAAGGCAAACCCCGACUGCAUUCUCAAGUCUCUUGCAGACGGGAACAGGGUUUUCUUCUAGGAUUGCCCUGUAUUUGGUUUCAUCCCUCAUCUUUAACCCUGAUCAGUGUCUCAUCCCUGCUGAUGAAAAGCAUCCCCAUCCUACCCCUCCCCCUAAAACAUCAUCACCGUGCUACCACCACCAUCCAUGCUUCACUGUCAGAACGAUGCUUUCGAGGUGAUGAGCAGUGUUUGGUUUCCACCAGGUGAAAGUAUGUAGAUAUUUUGUGCAGGUUCAUGCUGUCGUCGUCUUAUUAGUAUUCUUAUUAUCGUUAUAUAAAACAACUGUCCAUUUCAGCUCUGUAUAGCAAAAAAUGCUGAAAAUUUCAAGGGUUGUGAAUAUUUGCGCAAGGCACUGUACAUCCGACCCUCACGUUUAGGCACUCCUGUAGGCUGACUAACUGAACAGAGAGGGAAAUUGGGAUUUGAUAUUUGUUAAUAGUAUCCUAAUAGUUCACUGUAAAAUCUGUUACCGUUAAAAUCAGGGGAAAUCACCGAAUCGGUGUGAGAUUUUGGGAGAACGUCUUUAACAUAAUCCUAAAGUGUUUUUGAACCCGCUGCUUGCUUCCACAUCUUCAGCCUGUAGUGUCGGUCGAUUCGAGUGUAUGUUUUUCUGUUGGACUUGUAAUUGAAUGAGAGAACUCCUUGGUGUACAUUAAACCCCAAAGGGCUCUCGUGCAAAAAACAACUGUAAAAUCAUUAACAAAGUUCUGUUUACUAUUCUGUCUAUUACUAUACUUUUCAUAAACAUUGAACUUGACAUUUGAAGGAUUUAAGGAGAUAAGCUGGGGGGGAUAAUGAUACCAGAAAUCACAACCUUUUUAUUUGUGCUAAACAUGGGCAUCGCUUAGGCUGCACUAAGGUGCCACAUGGAGGGCUUGAUUUGGAAGAGUGCUGGAGGUGUUUGUGGGGGUGUGGUACCGGCUGGUUGUGAUUUCUGGUGUCACUCCAUCAGGAACGGAGGCUCCCGUGGUCGCGAUGGAAGCGUUGAUGGUUGGAAGUCUGGCAGAAAAACAUACCUACUCAAGAUGAGGCAGUGACAUGCGGACACUCUUUUAUUCAUGACAUGGGGUUCAGUUGCUAGGCAGAGGAGCUUCAUUGCUGAAAUGACUAUCUUUGUGAAACAGCUGCGUAGGAAUAUUUUUGCUCGUGAGCAUGGCUCCAAUAAAAAGCUGGCCGCCCAGUCGUGCGCUCUUUCCCUGGUCCGUCAGUUGUACCAUCUCGGCGUCAUCGAGGCUUUCACGGGACAGACCAAGAAGAAAGAAGGAGAGACGCUGGAGGUGUAUAACGUGAAUGUUAGCGACGAGCUGAAGCAUCAGCUACGGAGCGUCAUCCAAGAGCUUGGCAUCCAGGUUCCUCCACCUGAUCCUAGUGGUCCAGUGUCUUUGAUUCAGGGAAAGUUGGCGCACUUUGAGCCGUCCCAGAAGCAGAACACAGGAGGUGUGGUGCAGUGGUCUCCUCCUCAGAUCAACUGGAACCCUUGGACCAGCAGCAACAUCGAUGAGGGACCUUUGGCUUUUUGCACCCCAGAGCAGAUCAGUUCUGACCUGCAAAGCGAACUCCGCUACCAGUUAGAUCAUGACCCCAUCCUGCAGGAGAGGCUGCAUGAGCGAGAGCAGUUGCCUGUUAAAAAGUUUGAAGAAGAGAUCAUGCGCACGAUCAACAGCAGUCCGGUAGUGAUCAUCCGCGGGGCCACCGGCUGCGGAAAGACCACUCAGGUGCCGCAGUACAUCCUGGACCAGUACAUUCAAGAAGGAAGAGCCUCUGAGUGCAACAUCGUCGUCACCCAGCCUCGGCGAAUCAGCGCAGUGUCUGUGGCUGAGCGCGUGGCGUAUGAGAGAGCUGAGGAUCUUGGGAAGAGCUGCGGGUAUAGCGUGCGUUUUGAGUCCAUCCUGCCAAGGCCGCAUGCCAGCAUCCUCUUCUGCACCGUCGGGGUUCUCCUGAGGAAGCUGGAAGCCGGAAUUCGAGGGAUCAGCCACGUGAUCGUGGAUGAAAUCCAUGAGCGAGACAUAAACACCGAUUUCCUGAUGGUGGUGUUAAGAGACGUGAUCCACGCCUUCCCCGACGUCCGCGUCGUCCUCAUGUCCGCCACCAUCGACACGACCAUGUUCAGAGAAUACUUCUUCAACAGUCCCAUCAUAGAAGUGUUUGGACGCACGUACCCCGUGCAGGAGUAUUUCCUGGAGGACUGCAUUCAGAUGACCGGGUUUGUCCCGCCGCCGUCUGAUAAGAAGCGAAAAGACAAAGACGAGGAAGGUGGUGAGGAGGAGGUCAACUGUAACCUGGUGUGUGGACCCGAGUACGGUCCGGAGACGAAACGCUCCAUGGCCCAAAUGAACGAGAAGGAAACGCCGUUCGAGCUGAUCGAGGCGCUGCUGAAAUACAUCGAGACGUUACAAGUGUCCGGGGCCGUGCUGGUCUUCCUGCCCGGCUGGAAUCUCAUCUAUUCCAUGCAGAAACACUUGGAGAUGAACGCACAUUUUGGUAGCAAUCACUACAGGAUCCUGCCUCUCCACUCUCAGAUCCCCAGAGAGGAGCAAAGGCUGGUGUUUGAGCCUGUACCUGACGGCGUGAUCAAGGUUAUUCUAUCAACAAAUAUUGCCGAGACCAGCAUUACAAUCAACGACGUGGUCUACGUCAUUGACUCCUGCAAACAAAAGGUGAAGCUAUUUACUGCGCAUAACAACAUGACCAACUACGCCACUGUUUGGGCAUCCAAAACCAACCUGGAGCAGCGAAAGGGCCGAGCUGGCCGCGUCAGACCGGGCUUCUGCUUCCACCUGUGCAGCAAAGCACGCUUUGAGAAAUUGGAGACCCACAUGACUCCGGAGAUCUUCCGCACGCCGCUGCACGAGGUGGCGCUCAGCAUCAAGCUUCUCCGGCUCGGUGCUAUCGGCCAUUUUCUGGCCAAAGCGAUCGAGCCACCUCCUCUGGACGCCGUCAUCGAAGCCGAACACACCCUCCGAGAGCUAGAUGCCCUCGACGCUAACGACGAGCUGACCCCGAUGGGACGCAUCCUAGCACGACUUCCCAUUGAGCCUCGUCUGGGAAAGAUGAUGAUCAUGGGCUGUAUCCUAAACGUCGGAGAUGCCGUUUGCACCAUUUCCGCCGCCUCGUGCUUCUCCGAGCCGUUCAUCAGCGAGGGCAAGCGUUUAGGGUUUGUUCACAGGAACUUUGCAGGCACACGAUUCUCUGACCACGUGGCCCUACUUUCUGUCUUUCAAGCCUGGGAUGAAGUUAGGAUGGGUGGCGAGGAGGCAGAAGCCAGGUUCUGUGAGCACAAGCGUUUGCAUAUGUCCACUUUAAGGAUGACUUGGGAAGCCAAAGUCCAGCUAAAGGAUAUCCUAAUUAACACCGGUUUUCCUGAAGAGUGCCUAAUGAAUCAGGUGUUUAACAACGUGGGGCCGGACAACAAUCUGGACGUGGUGAUCUCCUUGCUGACUUACGGCUCCUACCCCAACGUCUGUUACCACAAAGAAAAGAGGAAAAUCUUGACUACUGAAGGUCGAAACGCGCUCAUCCAUAAGUCUUCCGUUAACUGCCCCUUCUCCAGUCAAGACCCGAGCUACCCGUCACCUUUCUUCGUCUUCGGGGAAAAGAUUCGAACCCGAGCCAUUUCAGCCAAAGGGAUGACCAUGGUCAGCCCUCUGCAGCUUAUUUUGUUCGCUGCCAAGAAAAUCUCAUCUGACGGAGAGGUGGUCGUACUUGAUGACUGGAUCAACCUGCGUAUUGAGCAUGAAGUAGCUGGUAGCAUCGCAGGACUAAGAGCUGCGAUGGAGGCUCUAGUGGUGGAAGUGACCAAAGACCCAGAGUACAUCAGAAGUAUCGAUCCCACCAAUGAACGCCUGCUGAAUGUCAUUCGGCUCCUCUCCAGACCCUCUUCUGCGGGACUCAACCUCAUGACCAGCAAUCCACGUUUUGGAGAUGGUCCACGACCUCCGAAGAUGUCCCGGAUGGAUGGCGGAGAUGGAGGGUUCCGGGGUCGGGGAGGAUACAGAGGAGGUGGAGGAUACGGUGGUGGAGGGUACAGGGGGUCUGGGGGAUACAGGGGGUCUGGGGGAUACAGGGGAUCUGGGGGAUACAGGGGGUCCGGAGGGUACAGAGGAUCUGGAGGGUACAGAGGUGGAGGUGGAGGUGGAUACCGGGGGUCGGGCGAGUAUCGAGGUGGAGGUGGAGGUGGAGGUGGAUACAGAGGGGGUGGAGGUGGUUACGGGGGAGGUCGUGGGUUCAACAGAGGUGGAUAUGGAGGAUUUUAGAGAGGGAUUCAAAACUAGUCUUAACCUUUGCAGAUGUCCGUGCCAUUAGCACUAUGUUCAGUGAUUCCUUGCAUGAUUAAUUUGGUCUGUUAAGAAAAGCCUGGUUUGCAUAGUGGGGAAUACAGGUGCAUUUUUUAAAAAAAAAAAAAUUUGAAUAUUGUGCAAAAGUUUUUUUAUUUUGUCCUGUAAUUCAAUUCAUAAAGUGGAACUUUCAUAUAUUCUAGAUUCAUUACACAAAGUGAAUUAUUUCAAGCCUUUUUUUUUUUUUUUUAAUCUCGAUUUAAUCUUGAUUACGGCUUACAGACCUUCUGAAAAGUAUGUUAAUUUAUGAACUGAUACUUGGGCGGGGCUCCUUUCACAUGAAUUACUGCAUCAAUGUGGUGUGGCAUGGAGGCGAUCAGCCUGUGGCACUGCUGAGGUGUUCUGGAAGUCCAGCAUGCUUUGAUAGCGGUCUUCAGCUCGUCUGUAUUGUCGGGUCUGGUGUCUCUCGUAGAUUCUCUAUGGGGUUCGGGUCAGGUGAGUCAGCUGGACAAUCAAGCACGGUAACACCACGGUCAGUAAAACAGUUACUAGAAGUUUUGGCACUGUGGGCAGGUACAGAGUCCUGCUGGAAAAGGAAAUCAUCUCCAUAAAGCUCGUCAGCAGAUGGAAGCAUGAAGUGAUCUAAAAUCUCCUGGUAGACGCUGCAUGGACUCUCGACUUGAGAAAACACACUGGACCAACACCAGCAGAUGACAUGGCAACCCAAAUCAUCACCGACUGGAGAGGAACAGAAUCCAAGUAGCUUGAAGUCCAGUGUGAAGUUUCCACACUCUUCCUCCAGACUCUGGAACCUUGAUUUCCGUAAUCAUCACGAUCAAUAAGAAAAAAGGCUUGAAAUAAUUCACUUUGUGUAAUGAAUCUAGAAUAUAUGAAAGUUCCCCUUUUUGAAUUAAAUUAUGGGGAAAAAUUAAGUCUUCAUUGAUAUUAAUUUUUUUUGAUGCACCUGUAGUAGAAGCUAUUGAAGUUGGACAAUUGUUUCACAAAUCUAUGCAUCAUGGUAGAGGCUGGUACUUACAAGUUUUCCUUGGACAAAUGACCCGAUUAUUGUUUUAAUUUACUGUAAUGAGUUACAUGCAAUGUUUUGAUAAAUUGCAGAGUGGUUGUGAAAUUGGUAUUCUUUCCAUGAACGAAAUGUCCCAGUAAAGUCAGUCAUUAAAAUAUGAAA